CAAGCGUAAUACACUGCCAACCCACAACUCUCUCCCAUUCAGUCAUUCACACACACAUACGAAGUUUUCAGAUUUGAGCAUACUUUUAGGUUCAAGUGAAAAUGAAGACAUCCUACAUGGUAGCUUACACUCUAUUGGUGCUUCUUCUGGCUCAAGAACAUGUCAAAGUGUCUGCUGUGACAUGCAGCCCAGCACAGCUGAGCUCAUGUGUGAGUGCAAUCACAUCUUCCACCCCACCAUCUAAACUAUGCUGCAGCAAGAUCAAGGAACAGAAGCCCUGCCUUUGCCAGUACCUCAAGAACCCGAACCUUCAGAAGUUUAUCAACACACCAAAUGCCAGGAAAGUUGCUAGCACCUGUGGAACUCCCUUCCCCAAAUGCUAGAUGAUCUAGGAGAACCUUAAGUAUAUGAUAUAGAUUUUCGUCUCUCACUUCUUCUGUAUCCUGAAUGAAUCAUGUGGGUUACUGCAUGAUAGAAGGGUGGCAGAGAUUAUGAGAGUCGGUGCUUUGCCUUAAAACCUGGUGUGGUAUAAUAUUGUGUAUGCUACUAGUAGUGGAGCACUAGUUAAUGGAAAUAAUGUUGGGGUCAUGGUCUCAUUUCACCAAUUUCUGUCUCUGGUGUGGUUUAUUGUAUACUAGUUGGAGAUUUGGAAGGCAUUUGCUGCAAUAUUUUGAAAUUUGGAAUCUAUAAUGGAUCAUUAGUUCAUCACAAAA